GUGAGCUAGGAUAGGCUGGGAGUUUUGGUCCAGGCCUGGGCCAACAAACAGGACGGGAAAAAGAAAGAAGGAGCCGCUGCCGAAUGUGUUACAGGAAACUCGACGUGGACUAUGCACAUGAAUUGAACGCAGAAGACUGUUUUUUAACACGAUUCGAACCCGCGAAUGGUAACUGAAGUGACUGAAGAUACUUUGGAUUUAGUUCGGAUCGCUGUUGAGCUGGACCGCAAUUCUUAGUGCAAUUCACGUUUGACUGCAUCAUGCCGAGGCGGACCGUUCACGAAGUAACAGUUCAAGAUGUGCAGAAGAGGAGAAACCCCAGCAAACACUAUGUUUACCUCAUCAAAGUCUUCUGGUCCGAUGGCAGCACUGAGGUCAUCUACAGGAGAUACAGUAAAUUCUUCGAUCUACAGAUGGAACUUCUGGAUAAGUUCCCUGUGGAGGGAGGACAGAAGGACCCAAAGCGCAGGAUCAUCCCUUUCUUACCUGGAAAGAUCCUCUUCAGAAGGAGCCACAUAAGAGAUGUUGCCAUGAAGAGGCUGCGGCCCAUCAAUGAGUACUGCAGGGCCCUCAUUCAGCUCCCAGUCUACAUCUCUCAGUGCGAGGAGGUGCGUGUGUUCUUCGAGACCCGACCCGAGGACCUGAACCCCCCUUCUGAGGAACCUGUUGGAAAAAAGAAGUCAGGCAUUGUGGAGAGAGCACUUCCUUUCAUAAAGAGAGCAGGAGACUCCGGUGGAGCAGACGGGCUUGUCCUGGAUCAGUAUGUAGCCGUCACCGACUACGAGAAGCAGGAGAGCUCGGAGAUCAGCCUGCACGUGGGACAGGUGGUGGAGGUCAUCGAGAAGAACGAGUCUGGAUGGUGGUUUGUCAGCUCAGACGAUGCCCAAGGUUGGGUCCCAGCCACCUGUCUGGAGGCACAGGAUGACCCUGAUGAUUUCUCUUUUCCUGGAGAGGAAGAGGAGAAGUAUUCAGUGAUCUACCCGUACUCUGCCCGAGAUGAAGACGAGAUCGACCUGGAGAGGGGCAUGAUCGUGGAGAUCGUCCAGAAAAAUCUAGAAGGAUGGUGGAAGAUCAGGUACCAGGGGAAAGAGGGCUGGGCCCCCGCCUCCUACCUGAAGAAGGCCGACGUCCUGAGCCAGAAGAUAGCCGCCGGGGUGGCAGCCGCCGCCAGCACCAACGACCUGGACGGGGUCUCCAAGCAGCAGAAGGAUCAGAACAAGGAGAACCAGAAGGAGCAGCGCUUCCCUCCGUUCCCGGAGAACAACAAGCACAAAGCAGGCCAGAGACAAAGACCACCGCCACGUCGUGAUCUCACCAUCCCUCGGGGGGCGAACCUACCCAAGCCACCAGUGCCCCCGCAGGUGGAGGAGGAGUAUUACACCAUCGCAGACUUCCAGACCACAAUUCCAGAUGGCAUCAGCUUCCAGGCAGGCCUUAAAGUGGAGGUGAUCGACAAGAACUCCAGUGGCUGGUGGUACAUCCAGAUUGAGGAUAAAGAAGGCUGGGCCCCCAUGACCUUCAUAGACAAAUACAAGAAGACCAGCAGCGCCUCGCGACCCAACUUCCUGGCACCUCUGCCCAAUGAGAUGGCACAGAUGAAGCUGGCGGAUAGCACCGCCAACAGCAGCGCCUCAGACGACAACUGGUCCAAACCCCUACCGGACGAGCCUUCAGUCACAGUGGACUUUGCCGCUCGGCCAAAACUGCGAGAUUGGAAGUCGGGCCCCAACAAGAGCCCGGCGUUCUCAGGACCGCUUCCCCCGGCCCCUGCCUCGCCCCCCGUGGAGGAGAAGCCGGCACUGCCCCCCCGCAGGGAGUCAAUCAACAAGAGCCUUGAGACAGACGCCGCCGUGGAGAAGCCCCGCCCUGACCUGUCCAAGCCCCUGCCCCCUAAACCGCCCGCCCCCGGGCUGAUCAUGCCUCUGGUGGCGCCCAAGUCCGCCCCCUUCAAGCCCGACAAGCCCCCCGAGCCCAAGCGGCCCGAGGAGAAGAGCAAGGCACUUUACCUCCGCAACGAGAUGGGCCUGGAGUGCGGCCACAAGGUGUCUGCCAAGGAGGUGAAGAAGUUCAACCUGAAGCCUGUGCCCAAGCAGCCACCCAAGCCCAAGCCGGAGCCGCCCGAGGAGAAGCCCGACGUGGGGGCGAGUCCUCCAGCGCCCUUCGUCAAGCCCAAGCCCAUGAUCCGACCCAAGCCCGUCCCAGCUGCCAAGCCUGAGGUGCAGCCGGAGAACAAGCUGGACAUCACCAACCUGAGGAGCAAGCUGCGGCCGUCCAAACCGGCUGAGCCUGCUGCAGCGUCUUCGGAGACGGCGCCACAGAACGAGCCCUCGUCCCCCAUCCACAGCGUCCUUAACAACAGCAGGUCUAUCGACGAGCCCAGAUGUCCUCCUCCGAAGCAGCAGAACGGCCACGACGCCCCUCUUCCCCCGAAGCCCGCCGCCAAAGAGCCGCCGCAGAGACCCAUGGCCGCACCGCGCAGACCCCCUCCGCCUAAAAAGACCGGAGAACCCAGCAGCCCGACCGAGACUAAAGCCCCUGUGAAAGAGGAUGGGAAACCCACCGCGCCUCCCCAGAGCCGGCCACCUCCCCCCAAGCCCAAGGCGCCUCCUUCCAAAGACAAGGAGAAGGAGAAGGAGAAGGAGAGGGAGGGGCCAAAAGGCAAACUGCCCGUACCACCGAAGCCGCAGGUGAAGAGUGAGAAGCCAGGUCCCCCGCGGGACAAGCUCCCGCCGCUGAUCAAAGACCCCUCCAAGGAGGAGCGCUUCUUGGCCGUGGCCGACUUCGAGGGCGACGACGCAACGCCCAGCUUCCGCGAGGGAACCGUCUUCGAGGUGAUGGAGCGCGACAACAGCGGCUGGUGGUUCUGUAAAAACAUCGUGACCGUGACGGAGAGCUGGAUACCCUCCAAUUAUCUAACCAAGAAACAUUAAGUGCUGGUUUUAUUUUAGCCGUUUCUAAACAAAAAAAAAAGUAUUAAUACUCAGUAUAUUUAAUUAGCUUUUUUUAUUUAUAGGUACCUUUUUUAAUUGGAGCCUUUUUUUUAAACAUUCCAUCUUACAAAUUUAGUUUGAAUUUAUAGUUUUUCUUAGAGGGCAGGGUGAGACGUCCGACAAGAGGAAAAACAUUUGUGUAAUUGUAUUCAUCACCAUUUGUGCCAUAUGUUAUUCAAACUUAUAUUUUUGAUGUGUAUCACAAAACUAAUAGACUAGCAACAUAUCUGGCAGACUUCCCUUGACAUUGUGCCUCAGCGAAAUAUGCAAAAUGUCGCUUUGAUAUAUGCAAAUGAUUUACUUAGUUUCUCUAUGAUAUGUUUCCGGAGAUCAAAACAAUGCAGUAGUUUAGGAAAAUAGACGCAAAGCAAAGCCGUACAGCCUUACCAGCUGCAGCAAAAACACACAGACAAACAAACAACACAUCCACACAUCACAUCCUUCUGUUCACUCACUAAAGAG